UCGCUCUAUCUGUGCCCCACCUUUUCAUCUUCAUUGUAACGGCACGGCUAUUGGCCGAACACCUGUUCUGUGCCAGUCACCUCACACAUUAUCUGUACUUUUCCACGUCACUCUCCCGAGGUGUGCCUGUUCUGUUUGUUCCAGAAGAGGGGACAGCCGUGACGUUAAGUUGUCUGAGGCUGCGCGGCCAGGGAGUGUGCGGUUCACAUCCCACAGCUGGGUGAUCGGAUUGCUGCUGCUUGUUUAAAACAUAACCUUUUUUUCCUGGGUCUUACUCAAAGGUGGCAUGUUAGGGCCAGACCUCCGCCCCUUUCCCCAAACUGCCCCCUUCCCAGGCUGCUUCACGACACAAGAGAAAGCUUCAUGGGGCCUAGACAGUUCUGGGCAGAAAAGGGCAGGCAGAGGUAAAUAACAGAGCCUGGGUCGAGGUUCAGGAGGCCCCGUCAGGGUCCCCUGCGGCCUCUGAUCUGGGUCCCUACGGGACGCUGGCCGAGGCUGCCUCCCGGUGUUGGGAGAACCUUCCGGCAAGUGACGUGCGUCACGGUAAGGGCUGGGGUGGAUGGACAGAUGGAUGACGGUCAGCCAGGGCCAAAUACCUGGUCAGUUGCCCAGGGCCAGCGGGGACAGGCAGGCAGGGAAGGUGUGGGGGCUUCUAAGGGAAUUUUCUCUCCCUGGUAAACCCUGCCCUGGUAUAAGGCGAGAGCCUCCGGGCAGUCGUGGGAGUGCUGGGAGGCAGCCUCGUGACCACAGAAAGUGGUCCGUUUAGACCCGCGCCACCCUCUCUGAAGGAGAGGGCUCCUCGGCCGGUUAGGCCUACUGCAGAAGGACGGCAGGUACCAGGACCCUGACCUGUCUCCGCAGCCGCAUCAGUGGUAAACGCAGUCGGCCCCCAUCUGCUUUGGGAGCAGUGCUCUACUCCUUUCUUUCUCCAGCGAGGCACUGGUGUUUACGAUGGCAUUUUACAGUCUUCUUUCCUACUGAGCUCCCCUGGCCUCCCGUUUUAAGGUCAGAGCCUUCACAUGUCUCUGCGAUGGAAAGAAAGUCGAGGAAGCUGGGUCACCGGGUUUCCUGGUUUCCUCGAUAAUCGCAGGAGCUGCUGACACAGGGAUUUCAGAGUUGCAUCAGGCUUCAGUUCCGACUGAGAAACCGGAGGAGUGUCUCCCUGCUGCUGUGUUCUCCGGGAGCCAGGCGCUUCCCGAGGCAGGGCCAUGCUCACGUUCAUGGCCUCUGACAGCGAGGAGGAAGUGUGUGACGAGAGGGCGUCCCUGAUGUCGGCCGAGAGCCCCCCGCCACGCUGCUGCCAGGAGGACAGGCAGGGCUUGGAGGAUGGAGAGGGUGCCGACCAGUGGAGAGGCCAGGAUAGCGAGGACGACUUUGAUGAGGACCCUGACCACUACGUCUGCGGGGGGGUCCCCGGGCAGCCGUCAGGCCUGGAGGAGGAGCUGACCCUGAAAUACGGGGCGAAGCACGUGAUCAUGCUGUUCGUGCCGGUGACGCUGUGCAUGAUCGUGGUGGUGGCCACCAUCAAGUCCGUGCGCUUCUACACGGAGAAGAACGGACAGCUGCCCUAUGGAGCAGGCAGGGAGCAGAGUCUGCAGCCCGCCGUCUCCCUCAGCAUCUACACACCAUUCACCGAGGACACGCCCUCCGUGGGCCAGCGCCUCCUCAACUCCGUGCUCAACACCCUCAUCAUGAUCAGUGUCAUUGUGGCCAUGACCAUCUUCUUGGUCGUGCUCUACAAAUACCGCUGCUACAAGUUUAUACACGGCUGGUUGAUCAUGUCCUCGCUGAUGCUGCUUUUCCUCUUCACCUACAUCUACCUCGGGGAGGUGCUCAAGACCUACAACGUGGCCAUGGACUACCCCACGCUGUUCCUGACGGUCUGGAACUUCGGGGCGGUGGGCAUGGUGUGUAUCCACUGGAAGGGCCCCCUGGUCCUGCAGCAGGCGUACCUCAUCAUGAUCAGCGCCCUCAUGGCCCUGGUGUUCAUCAAGUACCUUCCGGAGUGGUCCGCGUGGGUCAUCCUGGGUGCCAUCUCUGUGUACGAUCUCGUGGCUGUGCUGUGCCCCAAAGGGCCACUGAGAAUGCUGGUGGAAACGGCCCAGGAGAGAAACGAGCCCAUAUUCCCUGCCCUGAUAUACUCCUCCGCCAUGGUGUGGACGGUGGGCAUGGCCAAGCUGGACCCCUCCUCCCAGGGAGCCCUUCAGCUGCCCUACGACCCAGAGAUGGAGGAAGACUCCUAUGACAGUUUUGGGGAGCCCUCGUACCCCGAAGUCUUUGAGCCCCCGCUGCCUGGUUACCCCGGGGACGACCUGGAGGAAGAGGAGGAAAGGGGCGUGAAGCUCGGCCUGGGGGACUUCAUCUUCUACAGCGUGCUGGUGGGCAAGGCAGCGGCCACGGGCAGCGGCGACUGGAACACGACGCUGGCGUGCUUUGUGGCCAUCCUCAUUGGUCUGUGUCUGACCCUCCUGCUGCUGGCCGUGUUCAAGAAGGCGCUGCCCGCCCUCCCCAUCUCCAUCACCUUCGGCCUCAUCUUUUACUUCUCCACGGACAACCUGGUGCGCCCUUUCAUGGACACCUUGGCCUCGCAUCAGCUCUACAUCUGACGGCGGGCCGGGCGCCAUGGGCUGGCGGCCCUGGGCGGGUCGUGACAGGUGCCCCCGCGUAGUGUCCCAUUCUAGUGCCAUAUGUCUCUGAGACUUUUCUUUCCUUGACGAGAAAGAAAGAGAAGGGAGUGUCGUGUUUACUUGGCGAAGAGGAAGAAGCAGCUUUUUGGCGCUAGUUGUUUGGUCGCCGGAGCACGGCUCACCGACCGAGGGACCGAGGACGGCCGUGUGGACGAGGACGGUGUGGCGAGGCUGCCUGGCCCGGCACUACAGCCCGGGGUACUCCGCGGGCCAAGGCGAAGGAAGGGACCAGGAGUCCGUGCUGGGAUGGCGCUGAGCACCUGCCCGCUGUGGCCGCAGAAGGAAGCCAGCGUGCCCUGCGUGGAAUGUCCCCAGUGCUUCUGUCUGUGACGUCGCUGUUAUUUUAUUACCUUUAGAAGCCGGGUCCUGUUCUCGCUCCGGCAGUUACUGCUGUGAAGUGGCUUAAUAUCAAAAUCAAUAAAUAAGUGAAUCCUGUUGGAA